ACAUUGGCAAAAACACGGUGGUGGUGAAAAAUAAGAAGAGGGUUCAUUCGAAUUCUAAUUUCUAUAGUAGAAGCGAUUCUAUUUCACGCAACGGAGGAGUGAGAAAUCACAAUCUCCACCAACGCAAACGAAAACACUCCAAAACCCUUCAACUCCGUUAGUGAUGGAGGGUGCUUUUGCAAGCGCUUCAGCGAUUACAGACCAAAGACAGAAGAUAGAGCAGUAUAAACAAAUUCUCUCUGCUGUCAUUUCAUCAAAUGACAUUCUUCAUGCUAGGAAAUUCAUCGAUCACAUGUUAUCGGAUGAUGUUCCUUUAGUAGUGUCGCGUCAGCUUCUACAGAGUUUUGCUGAAGAGUUGGGAAGGUUGGCACCUGAGACACAGAAAGAGAUUGCUCAUUACAUACUUGCUCAGAUUCAGCCUCGAGUUGUGUCGUUUGAAGAACAGGUUUUGGUUAUUAGAGAGAAAUUGGCUGAGCUUUAUGAAUCUGAGGAGCAAUGGUCAAAAGCUGCCCAGAUGCUCAGUGGUAUUGACCUAGAUUCAGGAAUGAGGGUAAUUGAUGAUACAUUCAGGUUAUCAAAGUGUGUUCAAAUUGCUUGUUUAUACCUUGAGGAUGACGAUGCUGUAAAUGCUGAAGCUUUCAUUAAUAAAGCAUCAUUCUUGGUUAGCAAUAGCCAGCAUGAAGUAUUGAAUUUGAAGUACAAGGUUUGCUAUGCUAGGAUCUUAGAUCUGAAGAGGAAGUUCUUGGAAGCUGCCUUGCGAUAUUAUGACAUAUCUCAAAUUGAGAAAAGGCAAAUAGGGGAUGAGGAAAUUAAUGAGGAAGCGCUUGGGCAAGCUUUAUCUGCUGCCGUUACCUGCACAAUAUUGGCAGGUGCUGGGCCUCAACGUUCCCGUGUUCUUGCCACACUGUACAAGGAUGAGCGUUGUUCAAAGUUGAAGAUCUAUCCCAUACUGCAGAAGGUGUAUUUGGAAAGAAUUCUUCGAAAGCCUGAAAUUGAUGCUUUUGCAGAAGAAUUGAAACCACAUCAGAAAGCCCUUCUUCCAGACAAUUUCACUGUGCUGGACCGAGCUAUGAUUGAGCAUAAUCUUCUGAGUGCAAGCAAGCUUUAUACUAAUAUCAGCUUUGAUGAGUUAGGCACACUGUUGGGAAUCCCACCUCCCAAGGCUGAGAAGAUAGCAUCAAGAAUGAUUUAUGAGGAUAGGAUGAAGGGAUCUAUCGAUCAGGUUGAAGCUAUCAUACAUUUUGAUGAUGACACUGAAGAGUUGCAAAGAUGGGACCAGCAGAUUGUUGGUCUAUGUCAAGCUCUAAAUGAUGUUUUGGAUAGCAUGGGCAAGAAGGGCAUUCCUGUUCCUGUUUGACUUGGAUUAUUGCCAAUUUCUUUGUCUAUACAUUCUUCCUGAAUCAUCAAUGUUAUACAUAUAACAUUGAUUUUGUCAUAUAUUAUUAGAUUCUAGGUUCGAUUUAUCCAAUGGUUGCACUUUGUUUAAUUCUGAAGUUCAUCGCGAUUGUGGAUAUAAGUUCCAUUAUGUUUUACCUGUGGACAAAUAACCGGCAAAUGAAAGAAUAUGAAGGAUAUGUAAAUGAAAUAGCUCAUAUUAUUUCUUAACCUUGCGAGAAAUAUUGCAUAAAACUUGGUUAGCUUGUGGUUAA